UAUUUUUAACGGUUUCAGGAAGUUAGAAUAAAUUAUAAUUUAAAAUGCCUUGCAAAGAAGUGAAAUUGUUAAAUAUUUGGAGAAUAUGCAACAAAAUCAGAGCCACCAUUUUUCGGGUUGGGAUCAAUUUAUGGGAUUAUUAUCUUCCAUUGGAUCCCAAUAAAAAUUGCUUAAUAUCAGAAUCCCAAUUUGUAAGUGUUUUAUCUGGACCAUUACGUACAACAAUUGGAUUAUCCGAUGAAGAAAUUAGCGAAUUGGCCGAAUAUUUUAGAGUCCCCGAUGGAAGGGUUUUCUACACGCAAAUGUGCCAAGUUAUUCACGAUAGCGUUCCCGAAUUCGCCAAAAAUGGACCGUUAAUAACCGGGUUAGAAUGGGAAGAUCCUUUACAAGUGAACCGAUUGAGUACAACGGAAGAGAGACGAUUAAGUUUAUUAAUAACAAAAAUUGCGGCUUUGAGGAAUUUAAGAAAGUUCGUUUUAAGACCUUAUUUUCAAGAUUACGAAAUGGUAAGAAUUAGGAAGUGUCUAGGUACACGUUAACGUGUACAUAAA